AGGUGAAAAGCUAUAUAAUUUUGAAUAUAAUAAAGAUUGUUGACGCAGUGACAUAUAUACUAUGCGACAGUAUCGUGUUUGUGGGCGGUUGAACUCCACACAAGCGGACUGUGCAAUUUGCACUACAUUUCACGCAUCAGGUUACACUGAUUAGGCUGUAGAUAUUCUAUUAUCGCUAAUACAAUGAUAUUACCUAAACAGAAAAUGAAUUUCUAAAACGUAUGUACGUUCCUCAGUAAUUGUGCCCAUACAAGGAUUUGAAUGCUCAAUAAUAUUUUCUUUGGAAACAUCUCGCAUAUUUAAUACAUUUGUGACCUAAAACAAAUUUUGAAUAACUUCUGAAAACAUUAACCUUUCAUUAAAACCGCUAACGACUAACAAAAUUAAAUAAUCUUGCUCACUAAGGAGGUUUUAUUUAACUCAGAUGAUAUAGCUAUAAAACUCUACGAGAAGGUAAUUGCUGGGUUUUAAUUAGCCUAGGCUUAAUUUCUAAUACUUUCUUUUCAAUAAGGUUUUUCUACAGGAAGUAUUAAACUAAUAAAUGUAGAGCCUCGUGUCGACUAAACGAGCUGACCUAGUGGUUGCGUAUUGAAAGCGAGAUCGUAUAAUGACAGUGGCAGGGAAGGUGGUUUCCACGGAAUAAGCCAGUCGCUGCCAGCGUACAGUGCCCGCGCACUUCGUCAUGCAAACACUGUCUACACAUGGCGCGUCGCCUGGCGCUCUUAGCGCUCUUGGCGUGUCUCGUCAGCGCGCUCCAUCCGCCUCCUCGACACGCGGACCUCUCUGUCUCCGAAUCAGACGACCCCUUUGCCUUUUGGGACGAUUACGACGAAUCUCCAGAGUUCGUACCCAUCCAAUCAUCCAUCCCUAAAAAUCAACCCAAAGUGAUUAUACGAAGCAAAAUACCAAAAGUUAAUGUAACUAUGAAAAAAAGUGAUAAAAAUAAAGUAAUUAAGACUACUAUAAAAAUCGAAACUCAUACAAACUUUAUUGUGACAAGGCGAACACCAGUGUAUAGUAAAAUUACGCGAUCCCCUUCAAAAAAAGUGGUGGUGUCAGAUCAAGAGUUGUGGGUGGAUAUCAAUGCAACAACGCCGAGGAGUACUUCAAAAAAACCGAAUGUUCGGAGGACUACCACAAGUCGGACUACUACAACCAAACGUCAAACAACAAAGCAGCCUCGCAGAACUACUCGCAGCCAGCACACUACGGUAUCACGGCAGACACCUAAAAGGAAAUAUAAUUUGGUAUCAAAAAGUACAAAAGCGCCAAAGAAUAGUCCAUGUCCUCCAAAACACUCCGGUUACAAGUCAACGGUGUUAGAAGAUGUUAAAGAUAAAAAGCCAUCUAAACAAAAUAACUCAGGUAUUUUUACAAGAAUUUAUAAAUGGAUCGUUGGGUCGAAGACUUGGUUUAGUGGGGGAUGGUUUCAACCAGACAUCGAUCCGAUCAGGAUCAGGACCACGACACCAGUCCCCCCCAGUACUUCAACUGGGAACUGGUUUCAAUUAUUUCUGGAUUCGGAGGAUAACGACGAUGCCCAUUCAUCAAAUGGGGUCAAUAAAAAGAAGUCUGAUAAAAAGAUCGUGAGAAAAAAUUACAAAGGUUAUCAACUCCUUCGAUCAUACCCCGAUACGCAAUGGAAAAUACGAUCCCUGUUAGACCUACAGGAAGAGGGGGAAGGGUCUGGCUUAAUGUGGUGGACUCUACCCUCUCUCAACGGCUCCACUGAUCUCCUCGUUCCACCAGAUCUCUUAGUAGACGUAAAAGAUCACUUAAAAUCCUCUAAUGUCGACUUCGAAGUAAUUAUCUGGGAUCUACAGAAAGCAAUUAUGUAUGAGAAUCCGAAACUUUCGAAGAAACAACGACUGGAAUUAGUUCAAUUGAGAGGACAUCCUAUGACCUGGAGGCGAUAUCAUCGCUACGCUGACAUCCUGAGAUAUUUAGAGUAUUUGCAACUCUCCUAUUCUGAUAUUGUGGAGCUGGUGCCUUUGGGGCGCUCUUCAGAAGGAUUGCCUUUAGUUGCAGUAAAGAUUUCUCUACCAACCAAUGAAACAGUGACGAAGGCUUCCAUCACCAAAGAGCAGAAGAAAAAGUGGAAGCUACGUUCAUACACAAAACCAGCUAUUUGGAUAGAUGGCGGUUCCCACGCAAGAGAGUGGAUCGCUCCAGCUGUAGCUUCUUGGUUAAUACAUAAUUUAGUUGAAGGUGAAAAAGACUCCGGCAUAGAUUAUGAAGUACUAAAAGUGGCAGAUUUCUACAUAAUGCCGGUGAUAAACCCUGACGGAUAUGAGCAUUCGCACACUCACGAUCGCCUCUGGAGGAAAACAAGAUCACGGUUGUCUGACUCCGACGAUUACGGCGGCUGGCUACCAUGGAACUGGGGACGUACAGAUUGUGUGGGUGUGGACACAGACCGCAACUGGGAUUAUCAUUGGAGGGAAAAGGAUUCCUCACAGGACCCUUGCUCAGACAAUUAUGCCGGACCCCAUCCAUUUAGUGAGCCUGAAACUAGAGCUGUUUCUGAAUUCUUGGCCGAACACAGGGGUCAAAUUAAGGUCUACCUGUCUCUUCAUGCGUAUUCACAAUCGUGGCUUCUACCAAGUUCACAUGCUUACACAUCGUACUCCGAUGACGGCGUUCUUAUGGAAAUGGGAAAACUGGCUACAGCCGCUUUGGCAGAUAUGUAUGGUACGAAAUAUAAGGUUGGAACAGCUGCAGAUAUCAAGCAACCAGCAUCUGGUAUGUCCCACGACUGGGCUAAAGCUCGGGCAGGAAUUAAAUUCUCCUAUCACGUGGAUCUUCGGGACUCCUACGGCCCCUAUGGAUUUUUACUGCCAGGUUCACAAAUCGUCUCUACGGCGAGGGAAAUAUGGCAGGCAAUAAAAGCUAUUGUAGACAAUUUAUCGUCUUGACUGUGAUUUGUGUGAUUGUUUAUACGCUUCAAUAGAAUAAAUUACACUUACAAGAGUUUUUAAAAUACAAGUUUGCUUUUGUGGUUGGAUCAAAAUGACUUUUCGAAAAGUUAAGAAAAUGAUACAAAUUAUGAGCAUGAAUUUGGGAAAUACACUUAUGCGCAAGCACUGCCGAUAUAUUUAAAAAAACGAUCGAUAUUGUAUAUUUAGUGAAAUUAUUGGUGUAUUCGGUUCGUUAUGGUAUGUGAUAUGGGCCGCUUCAGCUGUGUGGGCAUAAUAUAUUAAAAAAUGUGUCGAUUAUUAGAGACAUUACCUACUAUUAUUAUAUAAAUUAAUUCAACACACUAAGUAAUUUCUAUUUUAAGUAAAUUAUUAUUU